CUCGCGGCCAGCCCGGCCCGCUCGCGCCCGCCCCGGAGCCCGCGCCCCCUCGCUGUUCCUGCCCGCUCCCGGCCAUGCUGUCCUUCCAGUACCCCGACGUGUACCGCGACGAGACCGCGGUACAGGAUUAUCAUGGGCAUAAAAUCUGUGACCCUUAUGCAUGGCUUGAAGACCCAGACAGCGAGCAGACAAAGGCUUUCGUGGAGGCUCAGAACAAGAUUACUGUGCCAUUUCUCGAGCAGUGCCCUAUCAGAGGUUUAUACAAAGAGAGAAUGACUGAACUGUAUGACUAUCCCAAGUACAGUUGCCACUUCAGGAAAGGAAAACGGUAUUUCUAUUUUUACAAUACAGGUUUGCAGAACCAACGAGUAUUAUAUGUACAGGAUUCCUUAGAGAGUGAAGCCAGGGUGUUCCUCGACCCCAACAUACUCUCCGAUGAUGGCACGGUGGCGCUCCGAGGCUAUGCAUUCAGUGAAGAUGGUGAAUAUUUUGCCUAUGGUCUGAGUGCCAGUGGCUCAGACUGGGUGACGAUCAAGUUCAUGAAGGUCGAUGGUGCCAAAGAGCUUCCAGAUGUGCUUGAAAGAGUCAAGUUCAGCUGUAUGGCCUGGACCCAUGAUGGGAAGGGAAUGUUCUACAACUCAUACCCCCAACAGGAUGGAAAAAGUGAUGGCACAGAGACAUCCACCAAUCUCCACCAAAAGCUCUGCUACCAUGUCCUGGGGACUGAUCAGUCAGAAGAUGUUUUGUGUGCUGAGUUUCCUGAUGAGCCAAAGUGGAUGGGUGGAGCUGAGUUGUCUGACGAUGGUCGCUAUGUCUUAUUGUCAAUAAGGGAGGGAUGUGAUCCAGUAAACCGACUCUGGUACUGUGACCUACAGCAGGAAUCCAAUGGCAUCACUGGAAUCCUGAAGUGGGUGAAACUGAUCGACAACUUUGAAGGGGAAUAUGACUACGUGACCAACGAGGGGACAGUGUUCACCUUCAAGACAAAUCGCCAUUCUCCCAACUAUCGCCUGAUCAACAUCGACUUCACGGAUCCUGAGGAGUCUAAGUGGAAAGUGCUUGUUCCUGAGCACGAGAAGGAUGUCUUAGAAUGGGUAGCUUGCGUCAGGUCCAACUUUCUGGUGUUAUGCUACCUCCACGACGUGAAGAACGUUCUGCAGCUUCACGACCUGGCCACUGGUGCUCUCCUCAAGACCUUCCCGCUCGAUGUCGGCAGUGUGGUGGGAUACAGUGGUCAGAAGAAGGACACCGAGAUCUUCUAUCAGUUUACUUCCUUUUUAUCUCCAGGUAUCAUUUAUCACUGUGAUCUUACCAAAGAGGAACUGGAGCCAAGAGUCUUCCGAGAGGUGACUGUGAAGGGAAUCGAUGCUUCUGAUUACCAGACAAUCCAGAUUUUCUACACUAGCAAGGAUGGUACAAAGAUUCCAAUGUUUAUUGUGCAUAAAAAAGGCAUAAAACUGGAUGGCUCUCAUCCUGCUUUCUUAUAUGGCUAUGGUGGCUUCAACAUAUCUAUCACACCAAACUACAGUGUGUCCAGGCUUAUCUUUGUGAGACACAUGGGCGGUGUCCUCGCAGUGGCCAACAUCAGAGGAGGUGGCGAAUACGGAGAGACGUGGCAUAAAGGUGGUAUCUUGGCCAACAAACAAAACUGCUUUGAUGACUUUCAGCUCGCUGCGGAGUAUCUUAUCAAGGAAGGUUACACGUCUCCCAAGAGGCUGACUAUUAAUGGAGGUUCAAAUGGAGGCCUCUUAGUAGCUGCUUGUGCAAAUCAGCGUCCUGACCUCUUUGGUUGUGUUAUUGCCCAAGUUGGAGUUAUGGACAUGCUGAAGUUCCACAAAUAUACCAUCGGUCAUGCCUGGACCACCGAUUACGGGUGCUCGGACUGCAAACAACACUUUGACUGGCUUAUCAAAUAUUCUCCACUGCACAACGUGAAGUUACCAGAGGCAGACGACAUCCAGUACCCAUCCAUGCUUCUCCUCACUGCCGACCACGACGACCGGGUGGUCCCGCUCCACUCCCUCAAGUUCAUUGCCACCCUUCAGUACAUUGUGGGCCGUAGCCGGAAGCAAAGCAACCCCCUGCUUAUCCACGUGGACACCAAGGCGGGCCACGGGGCCGGGAAGCCCACAGCCAAAGUCAUAGAAGAAGUCUCAGAUAUGUUUGCAUUCAUAGCGCGGUGCCUGAACAUCGACUGGAUUCAGUAAAUGGAAUUUCCUACUCCCCCGCCCCGACAGCCGCAGAAAACCUCAAGGGCUUUCACACCGUUAAAACCGAGAAACCACUGGGCAUACUGCUUCACCACACGAACACUAUUCCUGCACUCACAGACUGCAGUUGAACAGAACUGCUGCGGGAAUUUUAUCUUUUUUAGGCUUCUCCUUUUUAGCGAGCCCUUGGCGUUUCUUUUUCCACCCUGUGCAGGCGCGUGUUUUAAAAAAAAA